AUGGCAAUUAAUGACAGCGACAACUCUUUUCACUCCUUUUCUUCCUCUACCGAAGUACACAGUAAUGACUCUAGUUUCCACAGCUUACCAUCUCUUAGUGAUAAUCUCGAAUCACACUUUCGCGACGUAUCUAAAAACCUAAACAUAGUACAUAUUAAUGCGCAAAGUAUUCCUGCUCACUAUCCUGACUUAUUAUCUACAUUUCAAAGUUCAAAUGUUCAUGCGAUCUUGGUAUCUGAAUCUUGGCUCAAACCUUGCUUGCAUUCUACUUCCUACUCCCUCCCUGGAUUUCAUCUCAUACGAAGUGAUCGUAUGGGUCGGCCAGGGGGAGGCGUUGCCAUUUACCUUCGUCCUUAUAUUCCUUAUACAAUCAUUAGUAAUUCAAUAUCCUGUGACGGACAUGGACCUGAUCAUCUCUUUGUCGAAAUCACUCUUUCACAUACCAAGUUGCUUUUGGGCGUAUAUUAUAACCCAUCACUCACUGUCGAUUAUUUUGCUUCAUUUGAAAACCUUCUGGAAAUGUAUACGCCUCUUUAUAGCCAUACGGUGGUGAUGGGGGAUUUUAAUACCUGCCUCCUUAAACGCGACGGGAGAUCUUCACGUCUUUACUCCCUUGUUAAUUCCGUCAAUAUGCAUAUCCUACCCUUGCAAGCUACCCACUACCUUCCUAAUUGUGCUCCAUCCCUCCUAGACCUUAUUCUUGUUUCUUCACCUGACCAUGUGGAAAAGCAUGGUCAAUCCUCAGCCAACGCAUUCUCCUACCAUGAUCUCAUAUUUCUUUCAUAUAAAUUAAAACCCCCUAGAGCAAAGUCAAGGAUCCUUCUGCAGCGUAAUUUUGGUGGCAUGGAUUUGGACAGACUUCGUGAGGAUGCUGCCGGGAUUGAUUGGUCGACGGUAUUUAACGCGUCUGGGGUUGAUGAAAAAAUAUCAAAUUUCAAUUCCCUUCUCAUCAAAUUAUUCGAUAUUCACGCCCCUAUACGCCCUGUUCGUAUCAAGCAUCUUCCUGCUCCUUGGCUGACCGACGAGAUCAAAGCUUUGCAGGAGCAGAGAAACAGGGCUAAAGCGAGGUACAAGUCCGAUCCGAACUCACAAAAUUUGGAGAGGUAUAAGAAGGUUCGAAAUCGCUGCAACAUGGCUUGUAGAGACGCACAACGACGCCAUAUCCAUAAAUCUGUCCUCGAGGAAGCAGACUGUGCCAAGAGCAUGUACUUGCUGUCAGCUCCAAUGCUGUGGGCUGUGACUCCAUUAGCCGAAAAAUGA